UCUCUCCGUUUCUCUCUCCUCUUUCUCGCCUCACUCACUCCUCUCUCUCAGUUUGAAGGCGGCGGCGGCGGCGGCAGCAACGAUGGAGAUGGGAGUUGGGACCAAAGCAAAUCCCAGAAGUUGGUCAUUCCAGAGUUCAAGGACCGGCUUGGUUCACUUUUUGCUUCAGAGGUCACGUCCAUUGUAAAUGUCGAGGAAGAAGUUGAAAAGCUUAAACUCAAAUUCCAAGCAAUCCAGGCAAAGCUCGACGAUGCAGAGGAAAGGCAAGUGAAGGAGAAAGCUGUGAAGCUUUGGUUAGAAAGGCUCAACGACGUAUCCUAUGAGAUGGGCGACGUGUUGGAUGAGUGGAACACUGCCAAGAUCAAAGCAGAUAUUGAGAAAAAAGAAGAAGCUGAAACUAGUACUGCGAAGAGGAGGAAGGUAUUGUCCCUACCCAGCUUGAAUUCCUCAGUUUCUACUGUUUUUCAGCGUCGUGAUAUUGCUCUUAAGAUAAAAGAAGUUAUGCUAAAGUUAGAUGAGAUUGACAGAGAGGGGGAUAUGUACCAGUUUGUACUGACUAGUGGCAACGAAGAAGUUGUGAGACCACCAACUAAUUCCCAUGUAGAUGUGUCAAACAUUCUAGGUCGUGAUAAGGUUAAGGGUGAUCUAGUGAGCAUCCUAUUGGGCAGGGGUAGUGAAGAAGAAAGAAGUCCUCAUGUCAUCUCUUUAGUGGGCAUGGGUGGUGUUGGAAAAACUACUCUUGCCCAACUAGCAUAUAAUGAUAGUGAGUUGAAUUCAGCCCAUUUUGAGAAAAAAGGGUGGGUUUGUGUUUCUGAUCCUUUCAAUAAGUUUAUGGUUGCCAAAGCAAUCAUUCAAGCUUUUGAAGGUGAUGACUCCAACAUUACUCAAUGGCCGAGUCUAAUGGAUAAAAUGUGUGAAUUGAUUCGGGGAAGGAAGCUUUUUCUUGUCUUUGAUGAUGUAUGGACUGAAGACUCCACGUUGUGGGAGCCAUUCAAACUUGCACUCCAAAAUGCUGCCCAAGGAAGUAGAAUUCUAGUCACUACACGCAAAAAUAGAGUUGCAGACAUUAUGGGAAGUGCAGCAAGGAUCAAUUUGGAGCAAUUGUCUGAUGAUGACUGCUGGAUGAUUUUUAGUACAAUAGCCUUUUCUGACAGGGAUUCUAUGCAAUGUAAGGAAUUAGAAGACAUAGGUAGGAAAAUAUCAAACAAGUGCAAAGGCUUGCCCCUUGCUGCAAGAACUCUAGGGAGUCUCAUGUGCUUCAAGAGUCGGAAGGAACAAUGGGAGAUGGUUUUUUAUAGCAGAUUGUGGGAAUUACAAGACGUUGAAAGAGGUCUUUUUGGGCCAUUGUUAAUGAGUUAUUAUGAUUUGCCCUCACCACUGAGACGAUGUUUCUCAUAUUGUGCUGUCUUUCCAAAAGAUUAUUUCUUUUCUAAGGAGGAUUUGAUAUCUAUGUGGAUGGCACAAGGUUAUAUUAAGUCGAAUGCAAACAAGGAGAGAAUCGUGACAAGAGAUUACUUUGAAAUUUUACUCGUUCGCUCUCUCCUCCAAGUUUUGGGGGAUAAUGGAUAUGCUGACAAUUUUAUGAAGUUCAAAAUGCAUGAUAUAGUGCAUGACUUGGCACAGUUCAUGGCAAAAAAUGAAUGCAUGACAAUCAAUGGUUACGAAGAGUCGGGGUCAAUUCUUCAAAAUGCUCGGCAUUUGUAUUUAGAAAUUCCAAAUCAUGCUCAAAUUCCCAAGUCCAUCUAUAGCGCAAAAACUCUACGCACCCUCAUCUUUGUAGGUUAUAGUGAUCGUAAAUUGUCCGGGUUGUUCCAGCAUUUUAGACGUUUACGGACAUUAACUUUGAGUAGUCGAUAUGGUAAGUUAAAGGAAAUUCCGGAUGCAAUAGAAAAUUUGAUACAUUUAAGGUAUCUCAAAAUACGUAAUUACCAUGGAGACAGAUUACCUGAAAACAUCUGUAAUCUAUGCAAUCUACAAAUUUUGAAGAUUAAAGUUGGUAGUGAAGAUGGGUUCAUAAAAUUACCGCAGGGGAUGAGUAAACUGAUUAACUUAAAACAUCUUAACUGA